AUGAUAGGCGGAACGUCCAGCAGUUUGCAGAUGGCCAGGACCCAGAAGACUCUGCUAGCCCUUCCUCAGAGAGAAGGGGUCCAGGCAGCCGCUGUGGCACCCACCCUGUUGCCUAACCUGAAGAGCAGCUGCUUCGACCGUGCUCUGCACCAGGGGCUCCUCCACCCCGCCCGGCGGCGCUGCAGUCCCACCUCAGCUCCAACUCCCAAAUUGUCAAAGAAGCGCAAAGUGCAUGCAGCCGGGGACAUGUUCCCCACUGAUUGGAGCCCACCACCCAUAGAGUUCCUGAACCUGAGAGUACCACAGGCUAGCAGGGGGGCCCCAGCACAGAGGUGGCUAGGCCCAGGGGGCCCUCAGGGCCUGAGGACAUGGGCUCCCCAGCUGCCUGAGGAGUUAAGCCAGGAGCCCCAGGACUUGGACCCCCAGGGGAGCCUGACCUCACUGGAGGAGCUGUUCUGGAACAUGGCAGGCCCAAGCCAGAAGGCUACAGCUCCAGUGUUCACCUCUGGAGCCUCGGAGAGCUAUGCCAAUAGCUUAGAUUACUUACUACAGGAGAAGCGGGAACAGGCCCUGGAGCAGGAGCGAGAGAAGCUGCUUCAGCAUGAUUGUCCUGACCUCUACUCCCUGGAUCUGGCUGAAGAUGAGGCGCCUCUCACACCUGAGCACAGGAUGCUCGUGGAGAGGUUCUCCAUGUCACUACAGGUCAUCCCACCAGUACAUCCCGGUGAAACCGUGUUUCUACCCAGGCGUCAUCCCCUGUAUUGCAUCCUGGACUGUUCACACCUGAAGCCACGUAGCCACCUGGAAGGGCUCUUCCUCAGCUGCCCACUGGCCCAGCAGCUCUCCUUCCUGCGCAGUGGCCUCCUGAGCAACCUCUACCUACACACCCCCGAUUGCCCUGUGCCCCUGCUCCAGUGGCUCUUCCAGCUGCUGACAUGGCCUCCAGAAACUUCUUCAGGAGCCUUUGGCCUCCUGUGGGAUCUCAGUGUGAAUGGGCUCUUCCAUCAGUCUGAUGGAGACAAGCACUGGUGGUGCCCCUCCCUGCAAGAGGUCACGGAGGUGUUUCACAGCCUGGGAGCCCGUAGCCCUGCUCUGGGCCUGCAUGAGCCCCGUCAGCACAGUGGGAGGGUGCUUAAAAAUAGCACUAGCUUGAACUGGAGUGAGCAGCAGGACGCCCCCCUGGAGAUUGCCUUGGAUGUCAGCCUGAACUACAUCUACAAGUUCCUAGCUCUGUGUGCCCUAGCCCAGCCAGGGGCCUACACUGAUGGGGACCUCCUGGGCCUGAUUGAGCUGCUGUGCCGAGUUGGCCUGGAUGUGGGGCUUCGCCUGCUGCCCAAGACUGAUCUUCAGCAGCUUCUGCUUCUGCUCCUUGAGAACAUCCAUGAGUGGCCAAGGAAGCUCCAGAAGCUGUGCUGCAGCCUGAGCGAGGUGUCCGAUCACCACCACAACCUGCUGGCGCUCGUGCAGUUCUUCCUGGACGUGACCUCCCGGAGCAGGCAGCUUCGAAGCCAGCUCAGCCUUGUGGUCAUUGCCCGGAUGCUAGACCAGCAAGAGACGCUCCCUCUCUGGCAAGAGAAGGCCCAGCUGUCUUUGCUCAGCCAGCUUCUGAGCCUCAUGAGGCCAUCAUCCCUCAGACAGUACCUGGGCUCUGAGACCUUGCCACCCUGCCAGGAGCAACAGCCAAAGACCAAUGCUGAAUUAGACCACAAGGUCUGCUACCUGUGCCACAGCCUUCUGACACUGGCCGGGGUGGUGGUCAGCUGCCAGGACAUUACUCCAGACCAGUGGGGAGAGCUGCAGCUGCUGUGCAUGCAGUUGGACCGCCACAUCAACACCCAUAUCCGGGAGAGCCCCCACGCCAUGCACCGGACCAGACUCAAGGACCUGGCGGCCCAGACCUACGUCCGCUGGCAGGAACUCCUGGCUCACUGCCAACCCCAGGCCCAGUACUUCAGCCCCUGGAAAGACUAAAGGAGCAGGGCAGGGCCGGCCCUAGGCUCUUGGCUCUGGCAGGAAGCAAACAGGGCUCAGGGAACAGGAGGAAGCUAAGAACAACAGAGGCGAGAGGAGGACCAGUGUGGUGAAGCAAGAGCCUGCCUCCACACGGCCCCUGACCCCCACCAGGCAACGGAUAUGGCCUCUCCCUGCCUGGCCCACCCCUCCGCUCUCCUUCCCUCCCAGCCAUCUCCUAUGCCCCAAGGCCUUUGUCUCCACACUCCGGUUUCCCAGGGCCUCCUGGGCCCUCCCACCCUCCUUCCUCUCUCCGUCACUAAUGUGAGCUUUCUUUGUGCACACUAAAGUCUUAUU